AUGGACUGGCCAACAGCGCUACGCCCAUUCCUCACACAAUUUGACAAGGACCAGUUCGAAUGUGGCCAAUCCUCGCCACACCAGAGCAGACUGUUGCGCUCCAACACACCCGUCUUCAAAAGCUCGCCCGAAACAGUGAAGCCCGAAUCUGGCUUUCACAUCCUCCUGUCGGCUCGCCUCCAUCCUGUUCAGGUCGUGCCCGAGGAAAUUUCUGCCGCGCUCAACUACCUUCCAUUUUCCGCGGAAAAAUGGCAAGAUAUCACCAAUAAGUUCCAGUUUCACAAUGCCAUUUGCAGGGCCAUGUUUCUUGAAAGAUGCUAUUCGACAUAUCUCGUCAAAGAACGCAAGCCCGAACCAUUGGAGAUGUACACCUCGGCCAUGAGCACAGAAUGGCCCGACAACAUCGCCAUAUCAUCAACCCAUUUCCAGACCUCCAGAUUCACCGCGACUAUCAUCUUCGGCUGUAACGAAGAGCAGAUGGAUAGGGUGGAGAACCUUCUAUCCGAUUCGCCGGAGGUCUGGGAACACCCGCUCCUGAUGGUCCGUGUCUUUGCCGAGCUCCAGCGAGACAGAUUGGAUGAGUUGGUUCAAGAAAUUAUCGAACGUUCUGAAGAUCUUAUGAUCAAUCUCAAGAUCCGUGGGACACACAUUUCUGAGGACCAGACCCUGACAUGGCAAGAUAGCCGCCGACUGGGCGAGCACCGUCUAAGGGGCAAACGGCUGGAGGAAGAAGUUAGAACGACCAGAGAGGAGCUCAAAAAGAUGGUCCAGGCGAUCAAACACCGGGAAAAAGAGGACACUCCAGGUGGAGUGCCAACAGUGCAACCAGACUUCACAGUCAGCACGAGGAGGUUUGUCAACAGGUUCGAGGAGAUAUGCGGUGAAAUGGAUUCCUUGAUGGCAAAGUGCCGCAUCAGCUACGAAGAGGUGACAUUCGCAAGAGAGAUUUUCAUCAAUGAGCUAGCGAGACGAGAGGCAGCAGAGGCGCGCAAAGCGGGGUCUGUUAGUACCGUCAUUGCCUUUGUCGCCAUGCUCUACCUUCCUAUGACAUCCGUAGCUACUGUGUUCGCCAUGCCCGUGUUUAACUUUGGCAACCAUUGGGUCGACGCGCGCUGGAAUCUGACUUCGAGCCAGAGCUCAUCAUCGGGCGGCGCCGGAUCGGGUGGUAGCGACAGCCCCCCCGUCUUUUCCGGCUAUUUCUGGACUUACCUCGCUGCCACAAUAACCCUGACGUUAAUCACGAUUCUCGGGUGGAGCUGGUACACCAAGGAGCCGACCAGGACGGCUGCAAGCGGCGGAAUCGCCGCUGUCGCCGCCCGCAAUGAGAAGAGCGGAGGCUGGGGUGCGUCUGGUUACCCGGGCUCCACCGACUCUGGAGGGGGGACGAUGACGGGAGCCAACGGCAGUGUUGGGUCCAAGAUACCUUUACUGCGGCAGUACUUCCACCGUCUAUGGCCCGCUGGGCGGAAAUGGUCAUGGAACCCGUGGUCAUGGUUUGGGACUCGACGGGUAGAUAGGGAUAUCAGCAAGGCCUGA